GAUUAUACACUGUACUGACCAGCCAGUACUACUAGUACAGCGUAGGUUGGUAGAGAGCUUAUCACGUUACCCAGGCGUGGGCUAGCACUAGCUAAACCAGCGAUGUUGAUUGGACACACCCAGUGGGAUCCUUGGACUGUCCUGCGAUAUCGAACAUGACGCUCUGUUAUGUAUUCAAGCUCGCUUUGGCGAGUGGUAGUCUUGAUCUUCAUCAAAAAUGCAAUGCUUGUGCGGGAUAACGAGAAUCUGCCAACUCCUCAUCACACUAACGUUCCCCUGGUAUGACACAACUACAUGGCAUCCCCAUGGAUAAAGCCGGGCUGCUCUCAAUAACUUUAGAAGCAAUCCUCUAUGGGUUCUCCGUCCUGAUGUUCAUACUCACAAUGUGGUCUUCGCUACAUAGGCACAAAAACAGUGACGGCAGUCCAUAUAUGAUGAUCGUCGCUUGGGCUUUACUCAUCCUCAGCACAGCACACAUGGUCAUUGACUUGCUUCGCUUGGAAGAGGCAUUUGUGGAAUACCGUGAUACGUUUCCCGGAGGUCCUAUUGCUUUCUUUUCAGACAUCAAGCUGUGGGGAGUCGUAUCCAAAAACGUGCUCUACACCUUGCAAACCAUGUUGGGUGACGGUGUCGUUAUCUACAGGUGUUACGUGGUAUGGCAAUCCUGGCGUAUUGCAGUCUUCCCCAUUUUGUUAUGGAUCUCUGUCGCAACGACUGGUUUCGGUCUCAUCAUAGCACAGACCACAGGAACGGAAGCUUAUGCACUAACCAAAUCUACGGGCGCAUGGAUACCCGCAUUUUUUGCAUCUUCGAUGGCCACAAAUUUGUUGAGCACCUCAUUACUAGCGUACCGUAUCUGGAUGAUUGAUCGCAAUAGUGCCAAGUAUCGACUAGAAAGCAGUUUAUUAUGGCCUGUCGUUCGCAUCGUCCUCGAUGCUGGCCUUCUGUACACCUCUGCGCUCCUUCCUGCGUUGGUCUCAUUCCUGGCCAAUGAUAGAGGAAUGUAUGUUCUGCUAGAUAUGAUUAUGCCUAUCAUAUCCAUCACUUUCUACAUGGUCAUUAUUCGUAUCACCCUGGCUUCUCCCCGGUCUGUCGGCGGUAUGCAAAGCACAACCAGGACGAGUCGUUCGUCGCAAGGUCCGCAGCUGUUUUCACUGGCGCCUAUACAGUUCCACGCUACACAACCCACCACAACUGGUGCUAGUAUCGAUUUGACUCUCCACAACCAUUCAGCUAAGGAUAUAUCUUUACCCAAGGUGGAGCGGGACGAAGUAGUUUGAUGGGCGAUGGCGUAUUAUUCUAGGACAGCGCUUCCCUUUGGACAUAUCACCGAAAAAUGGCUGCAGGUGAGGCAUAGUGAUGUAAUCAGGGCCAGCGUCCCCAUCAUAUCAUAUUGCGUACUCGAUUUCUCGAAGUCUGCAAAGGUCGCGAGAGGGAUCGACAGAGGAUGAAAUGAUUUCACCUAAGAUAUAUAAACAGUGGUGUAUCAUAAUGUCAGAGUCAUUUUGACUGGGUAACAGUGACUUUGGAUUGUUGCAGUGUAUGCCGUUAAGAUAUGAAAGCUGGACUUUUCUGUCAAGUGAUAUCAGGUUAGCUGUUUUUACU